UCGUCAACCUCCCUUCAAUCGCCAUAUUGGGCAACUGAGAAAAGGGCUCGUCUCGGCUUGUUUUUUUUUUUACCUCUCCGCCCGUACGACGUGGCCGUGGGGAGAGCGGCGGGGCCGUGCGGACAGCAGCCCGAGGCCGCCCGCGGGGCCGCGGAGGGCAGCGCUGCUCCCCGCUUGGCUGCUCCCCUCUGGAGCCGCCCGGGCUGCCCGGCGGCGGCUGUCGGGGUUCGGCUGGCCCGGUGCUUAUGCAAUUGCGCGCUGCCGUUUCUCCUCCGCGGGCCGAGGCGGGGCUGCAGAGAGGGAGCUGUACGGAGAGAGACCGCGGAGGGGAACCUGCGAGUAGCCGCGGGUAAGAAGCGGAGAGGAAGAGUAGAGAGAGCCGCGAGAAAACCACUGGUGACGGCAGAAAGGGAGGGGGAAAUGUCAAACGUCCGCAUUUCUAAUGGAAGCCCUACCCUGGAGCGCAUGGAGGCGCGGCAGUCGGAGUACCCGAAGCCGUCGGCCUGCAGGAACCUCUUCGGGCCGGUAAACCACGAAGAGUUAAACAGGGACUUGAAGAAGCACCGCAAGGAAAUGGAAGAGGCAUGCCAGAGGAAGUGGAAUUUCGAUUUCCAGAACCACAAGCCGCUGGAAGGCAGGUACGAGUGGCAAGCCGUGGAGAAGGGGAGCUCGCCCGACUUCUACUUCAGACCGCCGAGGCUACCCAAAGCCGUCUGCAAGUCCGCCGGCCGUCAGAGCCUGGAUGUAAACGGGAAUUGCCAAACCGCGAUUUGCGCCGCUUCUCAGGGAAUCUCAGAGGACACUCACUGUGUAGGCCGAAAGACUGAUGUUGCUGGCAGUCAGACGGACUUUGCAGAGCAGUGCGCCGGGCAGAGGAAAAGACCCGCCGCCGACGGUAACGUACCCUGCGGGCAGCGCCGCGCGCCGGGCCCGGCCCCCGCCUCCUUCCGCCCGAACGCCCCCGGUGCCGCCCGCAGCUCCGGGAGCUCCGCGAUUCCUCUCCUCAAAAUAAAAGAGCCAACACAACGGAAGAGGAGGUUUCAGAAGACUCCCCCAGUGCCAAUUCAGUGGAGCAAACACCCAAGAAAUCGAGCCCGAGACGACAUCAAACGUAAACUCCCUAAGGCAAAGGACUCGCGUUUCCUUGCUCAUCGGGGGGCGGUGAAGCCAGGAAGAUAUAAAGUUGUAGUUGAGAUGAAUACAUAUCGUCGGUCUCCGUGGGAUGGGGACUCUGUACAAGCACUGAAAAACAACAACAGCAAAACAAAAAAAAAAGCAGACAAUAACACUAAAAGUUUAGACACUCUUAAAAGACCUGCCUCUAAAAGCAUCGGAUGUAGCAUUGUGCAAUUAGGUGUUUCCUUAUUUGCUUCAUUGUACUACCUGUGUAUAUAGUUUUUACCUUAUGUAGCACAUAAACGUUUUAGGAGCUGGGUUGGGGGGGGGGGAGUGGAAGAGGGCGACCGAUUGAAACUUGCUUUCACCAUCUAGCAAGCAAAGAGAUGAAGACAAGCAGUGUAGGCUUUUUAUUCCUUAAAGAUGUAUUGUCCCUUUAAGUGGGUCCCCUAUGUUUUUAUUUUUUCUUCGCACCACGGUGGUAGUGCUGCUCACAGCAGAUGGCUGCAGGCUGCUAUCAGAGCCCUCCUCUCUGUGUUGGGCUGAAGGGGUGGGAGGUGGGGUGAUCCCCCACCUCAAAUCCCUAUAGGAAAUUAGAAUGCCUGUACAGUCUCAUAAAUUUGCUACAUCGCUGGAUUUAUUAUUUUUAUUUUUGGAAAGGAAUCUGGAGGGCACUUGCUCUGAAUCUCCAGUGUUGCUGUUUUCUGACCUGGCCCACAUCCUUUAGUCCUUGUGUGAGGGAAAGGGAUACUACAUCUUUAAACAGUAUUUCUACAUUGCCUGUGUACCUGUAUGUAAAAAUAAAAAAAGAAAGUUUGAAGUGUA